UAAAGACCCUUUGACUCCCCCACAUGAGCUCAACUCCCCCUACUAAAAUUUCCUCUUUGUUUAGAAGAUAAAAACCACAAGUCUUGGAUUGAGAUUCUGCACCAUUCCCUCUUCUCCUGGAUUGCGUAGAAGCUCUCUCGGGAAUGGAGGCCUCCGCUGAUGAUGCUCGACUGGGCUUCGGGAAGAUGGGUUACGGGUGCAAGCACUACAAGAGGAGGUGCAAGAUUCGAGCGCCAUGCUGCAAUGAGAUCUUUUGCUGCCGCCACUGCCAUAACGAGUCUACGAAGGAUCGACAUGAAAUCUGCCGCUUCGAUGUUCAAACGGUAAUUUGUGUGGUUUGCGACGCCGAGCAACCGGUUGCACAAGUGUGCUCGAAUUGUGGGGUCAACAUGGGGGAGUACUUCUGUGUAGUGUGCAGAUUUUACGAUGACGAUGUUGACAAAGGGCAUUACCAUUGCGAGGAUUGCGGUAUCUGCAGAGUUGGUGGCAGAGAGAACUUCUUCCACUGCCAGAAAUGUGGGUCCUGCUACUCUUUUGGCUUGCUCAACAAGCAUUCAUGUGUUGAAAACUCAAUGAGACAUCAUUGUUCCAUAUGUUAUGAGUAUCUCUUCGACUCGUUGAAAGAAACAACUGUAUUGAAAUGUGGGCACACAAUGCACUCUGAUUGUCUCAGUGAGAUGUUGAAUCAUGACAAAUACUGUUGUCCCAUAUGCUCCAAGUCAGUAAUUGACAUGUCAAAAAUCUGGAGGAAGAUGGAUGAGGAGAUAGAAGAAACAGCCAUGCCAGAGGAUUACAGAACAAGAAAGGUUUGGAUCCUCUGCAACGACUGUAACGACACCACCGAAGUCUUUUACCACAUCAUUGGCCAGAAGUGCAGUCACUGCCAAUCUUACAACACUCGCAUGAUAUCUCCCCCCACAGAUCCUCAGUGAUUGGGUUCCAUUUGGGAUUGAUGAGUUAGCCAGACACCUGUCCAAUGUCUCUGAACUUAUUCCAGAAAUUGAAUUUGUCGAUCUAGAAUUUGGUUGUGCUCUUCCUGUAUGAUAACUUAAUGCAUAGGCUUCAUCAUAUAUUAUGGUGAAUUGAUGUUAUAUUGAAUGCUGGUGCUUGGUGUGUUUAUCAAAGUUCUGUAUGAUGAAACCAUCUCUAUGAGCACUGUCAUGCAUGAUUCAGCUAAAAGUAUGGAUAUUGUUCUUGUUCAAUGUUUGCAUACAAUGAGACAAUUCUAGUUGACUGUGGAAGA